GAUGAAUGCACCAACUUUCGCGGGGACUGAGAACCCCACAGCGGUGUUGGAGUGGAUCAAAGAACUGGAUAAGAUCUUCGUUGUGCUUCCCCUCCCUGACCGUCAGCGGGUAUCCCUCGCGGCUUAUCAGAUGAAGGAGGAUGCUUCCGACUGGUGGAUUGACCACUGGGCUCGGAGGCCAGAGGCGGAGCUUCAUGCACUCACUUGGGAGCAAAUGAAGAUGAUGGUGCGUGGCAAGUUCCUUCCCCAGAGCUUUUGGGACAGGAUGGAGCAUGAGUUCUACCAUUUGCAGCAGGGCAGCUCCACAGUGGAUGAGUAUAUCCGCACUUUCACCGGAAUGUGCCUUUUUGCGGGCGACGCGGUGAAUACCGAUGCCAAGAAGGCCCGCAAGUUUCUCAAGGGGCUCAAUCAGAGGAUCCGUGAACUGGUGGGGAGUGACGGACUGAUGUCUUAUGCAAAUACCGUGAGUCGGGCUCAGGAGAAGGGGAAUUUCGAUAGGCGCGACAAUCGAUCCUCCACUGGACAAGCCUACCCGAAAUGCGGUAGAUCCCACAACGGUGAGUGCCUAGCUAGCCAGAGCACUUGUUUCAACUGUAACCGCCCGAGACGCUAUGCCAAUGUUUGCCGUGAGUCGAAGAGACAACAACAGCCGCCCUAUCCUCAUCAGCAGCAGCUUCCCCCACCGCCACCCCAUCAGCAGCAGCCGCCCCCACUGUUCCAGCAGAAGACUGGGGGUCAGGCCUGUGUCUAUACCAUUACCCAUGAUGAGGCCGCCCGCAACACAGGUACUAUGUCCGAAAUGCUUUCUAUCUCCAACGUGUCUGUCUUUGCAUUAUGUGAUACCGGUGCUACCCAUUCCUUUAUUUCUUCUCGUUGCUUGGAGGCCUUAUCUAUUAACACUGUGAAUUUUUGUGAUCCUCUCGAGGUUAGUCUAGCCUCGGGAAAAAUUAUUAUCUCUGAUUCUGUGGUUCGCAAUCUUCCUAUUUGUAUUGGUGGUCAAGUUCUGGAGGCCGACGUGUAUGUAAUUGAAAUGCGAGACUUUGACGUGAUUUUGGGCAUGGACUGGCUCACCCAUUACCGAGUUGAUAUCCGGUGCCAGGAGCGCGAAGUCACCCUCUAUCCCGUUUCCGAUCAGCCUAUUGUGAAGAGACUUUCCAAGGGUAGCUGUCAAGGCUAUCUUGUUUCCUUGGUAUCCGAUGUUGUUGAUGAGCGGGUACCCGAUAGAGUAUUCAUCGUUUGCGAAUACCUCGACGUUUCACCUGAUGAUUUGCCCGGAGGACCACCAGACCGCCAGGUGGAGUUCACCAUUGACCAAAUUCCAGGAGCCGGCCCCGUUUCUAAGGCCCCUUAUCGUAUGGCGCCGAAGGAGCUUCAAGAGCUCAAGGCCCAGAUCCAGGAGUUGCUUAAACUCGGUUUUAUUUGUCCGAGUGUCUUGCCGUGGGGUGCGCCCGUCCUAUUCGUGAAGAAGAAAGACGGAUCUAUGCGCAUAUGCAUUGACUACCGGGAGUUUAAUGCCCUUACAGUCAAGAACAAGUACUCCCUUCCCCGUAUUGAGGACCUUUUCGACCAGCUGAGGGGGGCCAGCGUCUUCUCAAAGAUUGAUUUGCGUUCUGGCUAUCAUCAGCUGAAGAUCUGGGAGUCGGAUAUUUCUAAGACUGCUUUUCGUACACGCUAUGGCCACUAUGAGUUCGUUUUCAUGGACCUUAUGAAUAGAGUCUUUCAUCCUUUCCUGGACCAGUUCGUCAUUGUGUUCAUCGACGACAUUCUGGUCUAUUCCCGAGAUAUCGAUCAGCUCAAGGAGCAUUUGAGGAUUGUGCUGGAGACUCUUCGCGGCGAGAAGUUGUAUGCUAAGUUCUCGAAGUGCGAGUUCUGGCUGAACCGUGUGGCAUUCCUUGGCCACAUUGUGACAGCUCGAGGCAUUGAGGUGGAUCCCAGCAAGAUUGAGGCGAUAAGCAAAUGGGAUACGCCAAGAAGUGCCGCAGAUGUUCGUAGUUUCCUGGGGUUAGCAGGAUACUAUAGAAGGUUUAUCGAGGGCUUCUCAAAGAUAGCCCAGCCACUGACCAACCUUACGAUGAAAGCCGUGAGGUUUGAUUGGAGUUCUCAGUGCGAGGAGAGUUUCCAGGAGUUGAAGAGGAGACUCACUACCGCGCCUGUCUUAUCUAUACCCGACCCUACUUUGGAGUUCACCAUCUAUAGUGAUGCUUCGAAGAUGGGUUUGGGAUGUGUCCUUAUGCAGCAGGGAAAAGUCGUAGCUUAUGCUUCGAGGCAGCUGAAGCCUCACGAGCAGAACUACCCCACUCAUGAUCUCGAGUUAGCUGCAGUUUUCCACGCCUUGAAGAUUUGGCGACACUACCUCUAUGGAGGCAAGUGUGAGAUCUUUACCGACCACAAGAGCCUAAAGUACAUUUUCACUCAGAAGGAGCUGAACAUGAGGCAGCGUAGAUGGUUGGAGCUGGUCAAGGACUACGACUGCACCAUUAGCUAUCAUCUUGGGAAAGCUAAUGUGGUAGCCGAUGCCCUUAGUCGAAGGA